UCCAUCAAUUAGACAGUUCCCUAGAACGCUCUACGUGAUCCUCGCCCUCUACUCCCACACUCUCAUCAACGGCGCGUGCAAUCCACCCCUCCCCCUUCGGAAACCCUCAAGAACGUUUUGGGAGCAAACAAAAUCGACGAUUCCGAACCCAGACAACAUGCAGCCAUCGUUCUUCCAUUUAUGCACUAAAAGCUCAAUUUUUCAAUUAUAAUCGCCAAAACGACGACGCGUUUGCUAUCGGUGAAGGUCGCGAAUCUUUCUAUCCCCGCUGUCAGGCUCUUCAAGGCGGUGUUGUCGAAAGCCCUACGCGCCUUGUUCUUCUUCUCGAUGGACGACAGCUUCUCUUCCGAGGACGACGAUCAUCUCUUCGACCUCGAUUACCACCCAUACGCUCGUAAGCGGCCUCUCUCUUCCCGCCUCGAUCGCGACGAACAUGACGAAACCGACGACGAGGAGACCAAUCGCCAGAAGCUCUACCUAGUUCCGUACAGGUGGUGGAAGGAGACUCAAAGAAGUGUUGCUGAUCAAAUAGGAGGCAUUUUGUACACCGUGUUAUCCAAUGACAACUUUGCUGAUUCGCAAAUUGUACUGGAAUUGAGGAAGGAAGAGAGUUCCGGGGAUAGGGUUAAGGCGGAAGAAGGGGUAUCUGGCCGUGCAUAUGCCUUGGUUAAUGAAGCAUUGUGGUUGCAGACUCUUAAAUGGCACAAUGACUCUAAAGCAUCAGAGAAUGAUGCUAGGAACCAUAUUGUUGCUGAAGAUCAAUCACAGGAAGUGUUUCCUUUGCAGAUAAGGCUUUCUUUUUCACCAGAAACAAAUUCGUUGUUAGUAAAGAUCAGCUUAAAGGACAAUACUGUCAAUCUUUAUCGGAGAGCUUGCUGUAUUUUCAGUUCCGAAUCUGAGCUGUUGCAGAUAUGGGACUUCUCAGGGCAGACAAGCCAGUUUGUUAUGAAUGAAAUCAUCAAUUUGCCCAACAUUUCUUCUGGAAAACCAGGGAAAGAGACUCUUCUUGAAUUGCACGUUAAUGGGUUUUUUGUUACUACAACUGAGACCAAUGAGAGAUCAGCUGAACUGUCUAGGACAGAAAAUAGCCUUGGCAAGAGUCAAGUAAAGACAAAUGGCAGCAGUGACAACCUAAGCUUGAUGCUAACUGACGCAUCACCGUCUGGUAGUGGUUAUAGAGGCAUUGGUCUAUUGGGCUUGACAGGACUACAAAAUCUUGGAAAUACUUGUUUCAUGAACAGCGCAAUUCAGUGUUUGGUGCAUACUCCACAGCUUGUUGAUUACUUCCUAGGAGAUUAUCAAAAAGAUAUAAAUUAUGAAAACCCUUUGGGAAUGAAUGGUGAACUUGCUUUAGCAUUUGGAGAAUUGUUAAGAAAGCUAUGGGCUCCAGGUGCCGUGCCAGUGGCUCCAAGAAUGUUUAAGUGUAAACUUGCUAAGUUUGCUCCCCAAUUUAGUGGCUACAAUCAGCAUGAUUCGCAAGAAUUUCUUGCUUUUCUGCUGGAUGGCCUUCAUGAAGAUUUGAAUCGUGUAAAAUGCAAGCCGUAUAUAGAAGCUAAGGAUGCAGAGGGCUGUCCAGAUGAAGAAGUGGCAGACGAAUAUUGGCGAAAUCACUUGGCUCGCAAUGAUUCCAUCAUAGUAGAUGUCUGCCAAGGCCAGUAUCGGUCAACAUUGGUGUGCCCUGUUUGCAAGAAGGUGUCUGUGACAUUUGAUCCAUUUAUGUACGUAACACUGCCAUUACCUUCAACAACUAUGCGGACGAUGACUUUGACAGUUUUCAGCACUGAUGGGAUUAUGUUGCCAACUCCAUUUACCAUUGCUGUUCCCAAGUGCGGGAGGCUCAAGGAUCUUAUCAACACAUUAAGUGUGGCAUGUUCUUUAAGAAAUGAUGAAACCCUGCUUGUGGCUGAGAUAUACAAGAAUCAAAUUUUUCGUUUACUAGAUGAACCAUCGGAUUCAUUAGCCUUGAUUAGAGAUGAUGACAAACUUGUUGCUUAUCGGUUACCAAAAGUUAGCGAGACAUACCCAUUAGUUGUGUUCUUACAUCAGCAGGUGGAAAGGUCUUAUAGUUUUGGUGUGGUGGCAUCAAACUGGAAGCCAUUUGGUGUUCCUCUUGUAGCAAGGAUACAGGAUCUUUCAAGUGGAUCUGAGAUCCGUAACCAGUUUCUUAAGUUACUUUGUCCGUUUCUAAUGCCAGUUGAAGAUGUGGUAAACGAUUAUGAUGGUAAUGAGACUGGGAAUACUGUUAAUGAGAAUUCUAAGAUGGAGGAUAUUGUUAGCCCCUUAGUUUCAGAUAGUGAUGUAGGUUCAGACAGUGGAGCAGAGAAUGAUUUUCGUCUGAAUACCGACUUCAAAUUCUACUUGAUCAAUAAAUUGGAACCACUGGAGAUAAAGAUGAAUAAGCCUGUAUCAAUCUCAAGGUUUACCAAGAAGUUUGAUGUGAGUGUUCACUGGUCAGAUAAGAUGAUGGAAAAGUAUGACACAUGCCUUCUCAGCUCAUUACCUGAGGUUUUCAAGCCCCAGUUGUUUACACGAAGGCCUCAAGAAUCCAUUUCCUUGAAUAAAUGUCUUGAAGGUUUCUUGCAAGAGGAACCUCUAGGACCAGAUGACAUGUGGUAUUGUCCCAGGUGCAAGAAGCCUCGGCAAGCCAACAAGAAGUUAGAUCUUUGGAGAUUGCCUGAGAUUUUGGUUAUUCAUUUAAAGAGGUUCUCGUAUAGCCGAUUUUUCAAGAACAAGCUAGAAACUUUUGUUGACUUUCCAAUUCAUGAUCUCAAUCUCUCCAAUUAUAUUUCCCAUAUUGAUAGCCAAUUGUCCAAUUGUUACCAAUUAUAUGCAAUAAGUAAUCACUAUGGAGGCAUGGGAGGCGGUCAUUAUACUGCUUUUGUUGAUCAUGGGCAUGGUAGGUGGUUCGAGUUUGAUGAUGACAAAGUUUUUGCUGUCAGUGAAGACAGAAUUAAGUCAUCUGCUGCUUAUGUCCUUUUCUAUAGGAGAGUCCGGGAGGCGUAACUUUAAUUAAACAUUUAUCAGAAGCAUUGCCCAUUUUUGAAGCCUGAACUGGGGAUUUUAUUUAUGGGCCAACCAACCAAAGAAGCAAAUACAGAUUCCAUUGAAAGGUUAGAGUUUUGAGAAGGAGACUUGUUUUUAUUUACAGUCUCAAAUAGGAGAGAAAAGACAUGAUCCAAAGUUGUACGGUUUUGGAAUGGAAUGGUACCAUUGAAAGAGGUAAGUCAUUACAAUGAUCAAACACUGUCUUACGUGUAUAUAAAGCUGAAUCCAAAGAAAGAUUUGCAGCAAUGUCAAUUUUGUUUCUGCAGAGGGAAGGCUUCGCUUUGUCUAGUAUUACAUUGUUUUGAUGCUUCCUCUUCAAAUUUGUGAUUCUGAUGAUGAAGCUUUGUUUGUUGAUACUCAAAACUUUCAAAUAUUCUUUUAAUUUGGAAACCAGAAGAUUUGUAUAGAUAUAUACUGCUUGCCACCACCUUGUGGAAAAGAAAAUGAUUAAUACAUUAGUGGUAGAGUUUUUGAACUCCUGGUUGGUAUAUAGUUCAAAAUA